AUGCGGUGGUGGCGGGCAUGGGUGACCCCGGGGCUCAUCCAGACGGUGUCGAAAGAGACACCCGGCCGGCCGAUACCCCUCUACUUCCCCGACCUAGACAGCUACGCGGCCUGGUCUUCCCACACCAGGCGCGGUGCGGCCAGCCAGCGCCUGGAGCACUCCAAGCGGUACGACGCGGACUCCGGAUCCUGGACCGUGGCGGUGGCCGCCGCCCCGCCGCUGGACCUGCUCGUCGUGCACGAUGGGAGCCGGGAGGUGGGCAGGUACGACCUGGUGCAGCGCGGCGGCGGCCCGGUCGCCGAUCGGGCGGGCGGCGUGCUCCUGCUCCUGCACGCCGGGGCCGAGGCGGUGCCGGGGUCCGAUGGCGCCCGCCCCCGGCGCCUGGCCGAGGCCCAGGACUGCUUCCUGGCGGUGAGGGGCACGCUGUACAAGUUCUCGGGCUGCCGGCGCGCGCGUUCCUACCUCCACGACUUUGUGGUGUACACCUCGCUGGAGACCGGGGCAGGGGGCCGCGGCGUCCUGCGCCUGGGCGUCCAGGCGGCGGCCGACGGCGGCUGGGCCGGGUUCGGCCUGUCGCACACCCGCAGCAUGGAGGGGGGGGAGGUGGCCGUGCUGGCCACCGACGAGCGGGUGCCCUCAGGCGCCACGAUCUCCAGAUUCACGCUGUUCAGCCCCCUGGCAGAGCGCAUCAACGCCGCCAACGGCAGCUUCGCGCUGCCGGGGGCCGUAGCCGAAGCACACCCAAACGGCACGCUGGUGGGGUACUUUAGCGUGGAGACACCCGAGUCUGCUGCCUUCCUCGCCUCCCAGCCCCAGUACUUUUUGUUUGCGCGAGGGCCCCUGGCACAGCCGGGGGUGCUGGGCGCCCACUUCCACCCCACGAUCGAGUACCCCUAUGGCGGCAUCGACAUGGACCUGUUCCCGGUGGAGGGCGUCCCGGCCUCGCCGCUGGAACCCAUCCACCCCGACGACUACGAGGUCCUGGACCUUGACCCCCCCCUGGCCGAGGCCGAGGAGGAGAUCGCCGUCGCGUCGUUCUCUGAUGAUCCCUAG